UGCAGCAACAGGCCAGUAGGUAAGGCGGCACUGCACCCGGGGAGGCCAGAGUCCCUUCUGUCUAUGGAGCAUGCAGCAGCCACAGGCCCCAGGCCAGUGCCGCGACCUGGGGCCAGUGAGAACGUUCUGCCACAAGCAGAGGACUGGACAACCAGCCUCAAGACAGAGCUUCCCUCAGAUCUAGAGCUGAGUGAGGAGCACCAACUGCAGAUCUCCAAGGAGUUGGUCGACCUGCAGAUCACAACGCAUCACCUGCGGGAGCAGCAUGAGGCUGAACUCUUCGAGCUGAAGAGUGAGGUCCUACGGCUGGAGAGCCGGGUGCUGGAGCUGGAACUGCAUGGUGAUUGUGCAGCCCCCCCAGAGGCUGGCCUGGGGCACCACCAGGAGCUGGCCCAGGGGCUCCAGCACAAGGCCUGGGAGCAGGGACACUCCGUCCACCACAGACCUCAGGCACAGCCUGAGGACUUCCUGGUCCCUAGGGAUGAACAGCAGAAGCUGGGGAACAGCCUGCAGGGAGAAUGGAAGCGGGUGCUGGAGCAGCAUAAGGCCCAGAAGCAGGCACUGGAGACACAUGUGGCAGACCUGGGCCGGCGACUGCAGGGAGCCCAACAGGAGGCCAGGACAGCUGGGCAGCGACUAGCUGCACAAGCCAUGGUGUUGUCUGCCUGCCAAGGCCAGUUGCGCCAGUCUGAGGCAGAGAACGCCCAGCUGCAGUUGCAGCUCAAGAAACUGAACGAAGAGUAUGCCGUCCAGCUGCAGCGCUGUGCCCGAGCCGUGGCCGAGUAUGCAAACGGCGCGGGCCGGGAGCCGGCCGCGGCAGCCCUCCGCACAUUCCUAGAGACCACUCUGGAGGACGUGCGGGCAGCGCACCGCCGCCGUGAGCAGCAGUUGGCCCGGGCUGCUCGUGCCUACCGCAAACGCCUGGCAGAUAUGAGCCGUAGACACGAGGAGCUGCUGGCCGCCUGCAGGGCAGCCGGGACCCCCAAAGCUACUUUUGAUGCAGCCACCUCACACCUGGAGCCACUGUCUCUGCACCUGGUCUCCGAACUUGGCCACCCGGGAGCAGCCCAGGCCAGGCUGGAGACAAAGCUCCGGAAGCUCCAGGCCCAGCCCACCAGGCUCAUGCUGCUGCUCUUGUUCCUACAGAAGGGGCCCAGUGAAGCCUCCCAGGGGGGCACGUCAGAGCCACAGGGCCAGGAAGCUGCAUCCUGGGCCCAGAUCCACCAGAAGCUCCAAGACUUCUCCCGCGGCACCCAGGCGGAGCUGGAACGCGAGCGGGCGCAGCUGCUAGUACGGGCCACGAUGGCUGAGGAGCAACUUUCUGAGCUACAGGAGUAUGUGAGCCAGCACCUCGGCAGGUACAGACAGGAGAUCCUGAGGCUGAGGAAGCUCAUGGGUACAGAGAACGCGUGGAAAGUAGGGGCCACAGCUCCCAUCAAGCCCCAGCACCCAAAGACCCGAAGCCGCUAGCCAGCUGUCACACUCAGAGCAGAACUCUUCACAGCCAGCAUGGAGCCCUCCUCACAGCAUCCUCUUGGGGGGGGCGGGGGUCAUUCCACCCAGCCCUCCACCCAACAAGAGUCAGGA